AGGUAGGGCACAGGGGUCUGGGAGUGUGUGUACACGUACACUUCACACACACCCAGAAGCAUCCACACACAGAAACACACUCACUGUGAGUGACCCAUUGCCAUUGGCCAGGCCCACCAACCCUCUGCCUGUCAGAUCUGAAGAACAGGACCAUUUGGGAAAGGAGAGACAGAGAAGGAAGAUGAUAACGCUGAGGUUGAUGUGGGGACUCCUGGUCCUGUGUGUGGUGGCAGCCUCUCCCCGCAGAUAUGCCAGACAAGCGGAACUAGAUAACUAUGACAACAACAAUGUGGACUUAGACAAGAAUGUGGAUGGUGAUGAUGUCUAUGACUAUUACGAUGGAAUUGAUGAACCACAGAUAGAGAUUGGAACGUUGAGCCCCGAUGAGGAUUUUGAUCCUUCACACCAUGCCUCAUUGGAGGAGGAGGAAGAGGAGGAGAGAGAAGACAAGGAAUCACCCAUAAAGCCUCAGCUGAUUCCAUCAGGCUUUGGGGAGUCAGGGACUCUGAUGGGCCCUAGUGCACAGGGAGAGGAGGAGCUUCGUCUGACGCCCACUGACAUCCUUCAGAUUUCUGGGGACAUUUCAGGUUCUGGAGUGCCUUUGGGCUCAGGAGGUCCUGGGACCUCUGGUGACAUAUCAGGUUCUGUGGACUCAGAGGACCUAGGUUCUGGAGUCUCUGGACUUUCUGGUUCAGGCAUAAUAUUGAUCUCAGGUAGAGAGGAGGAGCUCCACGUGACGUUUGAAACCAUUCCACACGAGGCCUCUAGGGAUUUUGGGGAGUAUGGAAUCUCUUGGGUGUCUGGAGCUUCUGGGUUACCUGAGGUGUCAGGAGAAUCUGGGGCCUCUGGGGUACCCGAGGUGUCAGGAGAACCUGAGGCCUCUGGAGUAUGCGAGCUGUCAGGAGAGUCUGGGGCCUCUGGGGUACCUGAAGUGUCAGGAGAACCUGGGGUCUCUGGGGUACCUGAGGUAUCAGGAGAACCUGGGUUCUCUGGGGUACUUGACUGCUUAGGAGAAUAUGGGGUUCCAGAGGUUUCUGGAGAGCCUGGAGCAUCUGGGGUACAUGAAAUGUCAGGAGAGUCUGGGCUCUCUGGGGUGCCAGAGGUGUCUGGAGAAUCUGGGCUCUCUGGGUUGCCUGAGGUGUCUGGAGAAUCUGGGCUCUCUGGGGUGCCUGAGGUGUCUGGAGAAUCUGGGCUCUCUGGGGUGCCAGAGGUAUCGGGAGAGUCCGGGACCUCCGGGAUGCCUGAGAUGUUUGGAGAGCCUGUGGUCACUGUGCUGCCUGAUGUGUCUGGGGUCCCAGAGGAGACUAAACAGCCUAAGGUCAUUUUCGAGUCUGGAGAAUCUGGGAGCCCAGAAGAGUCUGGGGUGACUGAGGCCCCAGUCGUCACCACUGAAAUAUUAAUACCUGACUUAGAUGAAGAGGAAGCGAUACUCCUAACUACCCCAACCACUCCCUUGGAGGGGACUGGGGGUGAAAUAGGGUCAGGGGUACCUGAUUUUGACAAAGAUAUUGAAACAGAUCAAACAGGUAUGGCUACCUGUAUGCUCUGCACCUGCCUGGUUGGAUCUGUGUACUGUGAUGACCUUAAACUGGACCGUGUUCCUCCCCUCUCCAAAGAAACCACUCAUUUCUAUGCCCGCUACAACAAAAUUGCUAAGAUCAGCAAGUCUGACUUCAUCAACCUGAAUAAAUUAAAGAGGAUUGAUUUGACCAGCAAUGGCAUAUCCAGGAUCGAUGAUGAUGCUUUCUUUGGCCUUCCUGCUCUGGAGGAGUUGAUAUUACGAGAUAAUAGUAUUAGACAACUUCCAGCUCUAGCACCCUCUAUGACCCUGAUUGAUGCCUCUCACAACCAGCUGGGCAGCACUGGCAUUCAAAGAGAGGCUUUUAAGGACAUGUCGGGGCUACUUUACCUUUACUUGACAGACAACAACAUAGACCACAUCCCAGUUCCUUUGCCUGACAGUCUGCGCUCUCUGCACCUACAGAAUAACAAUAUCCAAAUGAUGCACGAGGAUACCUUCUGCAAUCCACAUGACUUGAAUUACAUCCGCAACGCUCUUGAGGAUGUUCGCCUGGACGGUAACCCCAUCAACCUCAGCAGAACCCCACAGGCCUACAUAUGUUUGCCACGUAUCCCUGUUGGUGCCCUUAUUUAAGCC